AUGGCGGAGCACGCGAGGGCGGCGGGCCAGCGGAAAGUGCGCUUUAAGAUCGCCUCCUCCUACAGCGGGAGGGUGCUGAAGCACGUGUACGAGGACGGGCAGGAGCUGGACAGCCCGGGGGAGAAGUACCCGCACAGCUUCCUCCACGGGAAGAUCCCCCCCCACCUGCACGUGGAGCAGCUCUGCGGCCUCCAGGACCCCGGCCUCUACCCCCCCACCGGCCUCAUCGCCCAGAGGAUCAACGUCUACAGGGGCUUCAGGCCCCCCGCUUACGGGGGGCUGGCGGGGGAAGACGCCAAAUCGCCGGUUUUGGACUUUGGGAAAAUAAUCAUCUACACCAGCAACCUGCGGAUAAUCAGAUCCCCCCCGCAGAAGGGGGAGGCGGGGGCGGACCCCCUCCAGGGUCGAGAGGGGCGGGGGGAGUAUGCUCACCGGCAGGAGGGGGGGAGCAGGUCAAAACGGCGAGCCCUGUGCUGACGGCCGCCUCGCUCUGUUGUGCCGCAGGCCCCGGACAGCUGCCCGCAGUGUGGAGGCUCCGGGUGCUGCCCCUGCUCCCUGUGCCACGGCAGCAAGCUGUCCAUGCUGGCCAACCGCUUCAACGAGUCCAUCCGAGCGCUGCGCUGUCCCGCCUGCUUCCCCGACGGCCUGCAGCGGUGCCAGUCCUGCGCGCAGUAG